AUGGACAUCCUGGGGGAGGCAUCCGCGCUCGUCAAAGGGGGAGUUGCAGCUCCUGCCUUUCCCUGGAGUGUAGUGAUUUCCCCUUCGCCAUCGCUGCCUCGGCCGCGUGACUGCCUGCAUCUCCCAAAGGCGCCGCCGAACCCUGCGCUCGAGACGACGUGGAGGGACCGUCCUCGGCUGAGCGAUCCUUCAGCCCCGCCCCGGCCCGCCAUCUCUCCCGCACCCUCCCUCACGCGGCUGGCGCAGCACCAUCAGCAGCAGCAGACUCAACAGCAGCAGCAGCAGCAACAGCAACAACAGUCACAGCAGCAACAACAGCAGCAGCAACAGCAGCAGCAGCCGCCCCCGCCGCAGCAGCCACUCCAGCCCCCGCAGGCGGGGUCGCUGCAGCAGGGUGUCCAGGUGACCAGCAGCUCCGGGCCGCCGUCCCUGGUGGGGCUGGGGUCGGGCACCUCGGGCCUCUCGUGUGCGCCCCAGCCCCUGCCCGGCUUGGCACAAGGGCCCCCGCCGCACUUCCUGCAGGCCACGCCCCUGGUAGGCCUCCCUCCCCGCUCCUCCACCCCCCUCCCCGCCUCCCGCUACCCCCCCUUCCAGCCGGUCACCCAGUACCGCCCGCCGCCCAACCCCCGCGUGGGCGCCGCGGGGCUGCCUCCCCCGACCUGCAACCCGGACGACCUUCCUCCCCCGUCGUUCCUACCCUCCCUGGCGCCGCGCUCCCCGCUCGGGGGCACGGGCAGCCUCUCAUGCCCCACUAGCCUCAGCGAGCAGGCGGCCGUUGCCCCCACCACCUCCGUCACCCUCACCAGCGGCUACGUGGCGGGGGGCGUACCCGGGCCCGGCUGCUGGUCGCUGCCCCGGGACCCGCACGUCGUCAGCGCCGCCUCCAGCGUCGCCAGCGCCUCCGUCACACACGACAUGGCUGGAGGGGCCGGCGGGGGCGUCGGCGGCGCCGGGAGCGUGGGCGGCAUUGGCGGCGUCGGGGGCAUAGCACAUGAGAGGGGAGCCUCCGCCCCCGCCGCCAUGGUGGGCGGCCCUGGCGAGGAGCUGAAGACCCGGUCGCUGCCCACCCGCUGCCUGCACGGCGCCCGCCCGCCCCUCAUGGCCCGCCGGAACCUGGUGCUCUCCGACGGCGAGGGCGGCGGGCCGGGCUCGUCGUCGCUGCUGUGCGAGGAGGACGGCUUCUACUUCAGCCAGCCGCUCAUGGAGGAGCGCGAGGAGGACCUGUACGGCUCCUCCGAGGACCUGUCGUCGGGGCCGUCCAUCCUCGAGAAGCUUAUGGUGUGGGCCUACUACAACUCCGAGGCGCAGCCGCAGGACCCCUCAGGUAUGGCGGCGAGCAUGCCCCGCGAGAGGCGUGGGCGUCGCACGGCCCUGCAUGGGACGCCUUGA